AUGGCAUCUCAAGGUGACUUGGCAGUACACCACGCGAGUGCAAAGCUCGGAGCAGCAGCCGAACAUGCCGGAUACACCAUUACAUGGCGAAACAUCGCCUUGGACAUCGAUAUUGGAAGCAUGUUCUCUCAAAAGCGAACCAUCAGAACACUCAAGGGUUCAACUGGUUACAUGAAGCCAGGAGAGUCUUUGGCCGUCAUUGGACCAUCUGGUGCCGGAAAGACCACGUUGAUGGAUAUUCUUGCCAGUCAAAAAACUUUGGGUCGGAUUUCUGGUGAACUUCUAGUAAACGGAGCACCACCAGAUGCCUUCUUCAAGAAGCGUGCUGGUUACAUUUUCGUAAACAUGGCCCACAUUCCCACCAUGACUGUCAGAGAAACAAUCACCUUUGCUGCUGAAUGUCGAAUGCCUCGCGGCACUUCUCAUGCUGCCAUCGUUGCUCGUGUCGACGAAGUCUUGGAAUCUCUAAGAAUGACCGAAGCCCAACAUACUCCAGUCGGUGAUGAACUGAUUCGUGGUGUAUCUUCCGGUGAAAAGAAGCGUACUGAAGUCGGUAUUGAAAUGGUUGCCCGACCAAAAGUUCUCUUCUUCGAUGAGCCAACAUCUGGUCUUGACGACUUUGGUGCUCGUUUCACUAUGGAACUUGUGCUAGGUUACGUAAAGUCUGAGAACGUCUCCGUCGCAGUAGUCAUUCACCAACCUGCUGACGCUGUCUUCAAACUCUUCGACAAUGUCAUCCUAAUUGGUGGUGGUGGUAGAAUCUGUUACUUCGGUGCAACCAGCCAGUGCGAGCAAUACUUCACUGAAUUCGGUUUCCCAUGCCCUCCUCUAAUGAACCCAAUUGAACACUACGUCGAUGUCAUCUCCGCCGAUACCGUUGGUGCUUCUGAAUACUAUGAAAAAUCAGCUCUGUUUGCUGCCAAUGAUGCCGAGGAACGACGAUUAGCUCAAGCUCAUUACAGCCCUGUAUCUCACUCUAGUCACAUCGUGGAACGUACUUCAUUCGACCAAUUCAGACUAUUAGCUACACGUGUAUUGCUGAGAUACCAAAGAAAUCCAUCCACUUCAUGGGGUCGAUUCGGUCUCUUCUUGUGCUUUGCCCUCUUCUUCGGUGGUAUCUUCUACCAAAUCCCUCACACUUCGACUUACCUCUCCACCAUCAAUCACGGUGUCGGUACCUUCGGUUUCUUGUCUAACUUCGUUGCCAUUGCUUCCGUACCCCAGUUUAUGGAGGAUCGUGAAUUGUAUAUUCAAGAAUUCAGCGCUGCCUUCUACACUUUACUUCCAUACUACGCAACUUAUUUCGUUGUUGAGGGUCUAUUUACCACCAUAAUUACCACCAUUUUGCUCGUCAUCGUCUACUUUAUGCAAGGAAUGCCUGUCAACAAGUUCGGUCUUACAUAUGCUAUGAUGUUUGUCGGAAUGUGGGUCUCAACCGCCGUCGCUCAAGGAUGGUCUGCUUGGUGCAAGACCUUGAUUCAAGCCUAUACUGUCUUAUGGGCUGCUGGUCUAGUCUUCUUUGCCUUUUCUGGUGCUGUUGCUCCCUUCGGAUCUUUCAGUCAAGGAUUAUUGUGGCUCACUGAUGUCAACUACUGGAGAUGGACCUACCAAUAUGUGCUCUACACCAUUACGUCUGACUUGCCAGUCAAAUGUGACCAAGCUUUCCCAUUCGCUUCCAUCAUCCCUAUAUAUGCCGGAAUUUACCAGGGUGCUUUUGCUGGUAGCCUCGUGUCUAACGCCUCCGACACCGUCGCAGUCAGCACAGUCAGCGGAUAUCUCAGCGGAAUCUCCGCCCUCAACGCAGUGUUGGCUACCAACCCUCCAGCUGGUGUUGCUACCGAAUUGAACGGUGCAAUCACCGCUAUACAGACCCAACUAUCAACAACUGCUAAAGGUGGUGCCGCAAUCCUUACCAAUGCUACCCUCAUGGGUGGUCUCACACUCUACAACUCUCUCUAUUCUGCUACCCAUGCAGUCGUGACUGCUGCCUCUGACAACUCCACCAAGGCGUUGUUCCCACCUGUCGAAGAAAUCUGUGUUUACAAUCCUCAAACUUUCUUGGCUGCUUUCAACAGUAUAGAGCCAGGCUGUAUCGCCUGCGGUAAUGUAUCAUACGCCGUUAACGUUGCCCUCUUGGUCUUCUUUGUCGUCUUCACGUAUUGUGGUCUCUGGUUCUCACGUGGCUACAGAAAACGAUAA